AUGGGAUUCCGGGAUAUUCUAUCGAAACUCCUCCAUCGGCGCAGGGUGACAGACAAGAACGGGGCUGCUGUGACCUCACAGGACGCGGCUUCGGUGAGCGACAAAUCAGACUCAACAACGCUAGACGGAUUUGGUGAAUUGUCGGCCGAGGUACCUUCGCCCGAAACACUGUGGGAUGAUGCCUACGAUGUCCUCAAAGCCAAUGACCCCGAGCUUGUUGAUAAAUACGAGCGGUUGGUGAUUCGCGAGACCGAAGGCGAUAGGCGCGAUCUCUCAGAUCCAGGCUCAACGCAAAAAGGAAUUGCUCAGGAGGACCGGGCAAGAAGACGGAAGCAAAUGGCCCAGGUUCUCGAGCGCGGCCUACAAAGGAUCGAUAAGGAAAGCAAAGCGAAGCGACGCGUCGAGGAGACAAUGGCGCCAAUCUCCAGCCUGGAAGGUACUGUACGGGAAGCUGUUAAGUGGUCGCCGGAGGCGAAUCUUGCAUGGGCGGGCAUCUACUGCAUUUUCCAGGUACUCUCCAAUCCGGUCACAGAGACACGCUCGAAUAGAGAUGGGCUCGCAUACGUUCUAUCCAGAAUGCGUUGGUACAAUGAGUUAUCGAGACAAAUGUUUAAAGGGCCCAUGACAGGGUUGCAAACUGAGCUCAGAACUCGUCUUGUCGACCUCUACCAGGCUAUCCUGUCCUUCCAAAUGAGAAGCAUUUGCUCGUACUACAAGGAUAGGAGGGUGGUCUUUCUGCGCGAUCUUAUCCUGCUGGACAAUUGGGCAGACACUCUCAACGCGGUGAAGGAUAUGGAAGCAGCAUUGCAACAAGAUGUUAAUACUCACCUCAACGAUUCAAUCAUAUCCCAUCUACACAGCCUAGCGACCACGGCAGAGUCUUUGAACCAGGACCUGAUAUUUUCCUUCGAGAAAGCUUUGCAUGACCAAACCUUAACACUCAGGGAAAUGCGAUCAGACGACAAGAACAACGAGUGCAUUUCUUCAUUGCUUUCCGCCAGCCCUCUCAUAUCCAACCCGUGGCUGGAUAUGGACACCAUCGAGCAACUUAAGGGUGGCUUGUUGGAUGAAUUGCAUGCUUGGAUUUUAACGCAUCCCGAUGUUGAGCGAUUACGUACUGCAGACGAGCACCGCUUGCUCUGGAUCAAAGGCGGCCCAGGGAAAGGAAAAACAAUGCUCCUCAUUGGGCUGAUGAAACAUCUCGAGCGAUCAGCGUACGAUCAAGCUCUCGCUGUGUUUUUCUGCCAAGAUGGUACUACCAAAAACAACGCUGUCGCAGUACUUAGGGGUCUGAUCUAUUGCCUUGUUAAACAACGGCCUGGGCUCGUCGGUCAUAUUCGCGAGAAAUAUGACGACAACAAGGGCAUCUUUGAGGACGUCAAUGCGCUCUUCGUGCUCCAGAAGGUCCUACAGUCUAUGCUAUGUGAUCCAAAAUUGGAACAGGCAUACAUUGUAAUUGAUGCUCUGGACGAAUGCGAGUCGGACCGGAAGUGGCUUGUCAAGUUUAUUGCUACAGCUCUCGAGCUAUCACCUAAGGUCAAAUGGAUUGUUUCUAGUCGAAACGAACCACAUAUUGAGGACCAGUUGCGUGCAUGGAACCUGAAUAUGCAACUUCACCUUGAUCUCUCGGCCAAAGAAGUGGAACAUCACGUCACUCAAGGCGUCACGGCAUACAUCAAGGAGAGGGUGCUGAGCCUUCCGGGGUUGGAUAGGGACCUGGACUUGAAAGUCAGAGUGGAGUCGGUCAUGCACUCCAGGGCAGAGGGGACUUUCCUUUGGGCACACCUCGCCAUUCAAGAGCUUUAUAAUGUGAGCACUUGGAGUUAUCUUUCUGUUCUUGACGAAAUGCCGCCAGGACUACACGGAAUAUUUACGACAAUCCUACGCCGCAUUCAAAGUUUACCGAGAGAGGACCCGACAUUGUGUCGCGAGAUACUCUCCGCAGUGGCUCUUUCUUAUCGCCCGCUGACUGUCUCUGAGCUGCCCCUUCUUUGCGACCUGCCGGAAUCUAUCCGGGGGAACCCUGAAAACUUGAAGCGUCUUCUCUCAAUGUGCGGCUCACUCCUCCAUCUUCAAGGAGAUUCUUUACACUUUGUCCAUCUCUCGGCAAAGGAAUACCUGACCAAAAACGCUAGCAGCACCAUCUUCCCCCGGGGCUUACUGGCUGCCCACCACGGCAUGUUCUCACGGUCGAUCCAAGCAAUGGAAUCACACAAAGGACUGCGGAAAAACAUAUAUAACUUGCAGAGCUUAGCACCCUUGGGUGGACGGAUUAUUGCGCCUAGCCCAAAUCCUUUGCAGCCACUGCGGUACUCCUGUGUGUACUGGGUUGACCAUUUCUGUGAUGCUUGCCCUCUUGAAGGACAGACCUCACCGGAUCUGAAAGGUGAUUGUGACGCGGUGAAAGACUUUCUGAACCAGAAGUUUUUGCAUUGGUUUGAGGCUAUCAAUUUAAUCGGAGCUCUUUCCCACGCGUUAUCCAGCAUGGAGAAAAUGCAGGCCCUCCUCCAGCGGCUUCAAAAAGAGUCAGCUUUAUAUGCUCUCGUAAAUGACAUUCAUCGAUUUGCCAGGCAGUUUGGGACACUCAUCAGGGACGCGCCGCUGCAGCUUUAUGUUUCAGCCCGUUUAUUCACACCUGCUAAAAGCUUUGCACACCAGCUAUUCUCGAAUGAUUGCGCACCGGAUUGGGUAUUUUCAAGGUCCCUCGUUAAUGAUAAUUGGAGCCCGCUAAUUAAAACUAUCGUUCCCCGGUUUAUUCGUGGCAAGGAAUCUAUAUCAUGCGUGUCCAUUUCAGGAAACUCGAAAUUUGUGGCUUGCGGAACUUCGGCUGGAGUCGUGCAUAUCUGGGACACUGGUACAGGCUUGCUCAGAUGCCACCCUAGAAGCUACCAUCCCGGCUGGGUCAAAUGUUUGGCCUUCUCGCAGGACUGCACUCUGUUGGCUUCGGCCUGUAGUCGCAGGACCAUGAAGGUUAUCGAAACCACAAGUGGAUCACUCACACAGGAACUUGAGCUGGACGCAGAUCCAAUCAAAUCUAGCAUGUCGGUUUCGAACGACUCAAGUCUACUGGUGUUGGCGGUUGAUUCAAACAAGAUCAUGGUCUAUAAGACAGAUGAAUGGACCCUCGCAGCGAAUUUUCCAGGACAGUUUGCAGUCUUCUCUGAGGACUCGAGACAUCUGGCAGUAGCAUGUUGCGAUGAGGAUAGCAUUGGGAUACAAAUAUGGACAACGAACAACUGGUCCAGAAUCCCGACAUUCCAGCAUAAUGUUAAAAGCUCACGAGCGAAUUUUGGACCAAUGGUAUUCUGUCACGGCUCCGACGUAUUGGCUGCUACAAACACACAUAAUGAUGAGAGCCUCGAACUCUGGAGAUUGACCGAGGGACUUCAGUCUCGAUGGGUACUCGGACGUGAAUCAGAUUAUCACUGGCUGAAGAGCCAGAUAUGCCUUUCACCCGACGGUGGAAUUUUAGCGUGUGGAUUGCGCAACGGCCGCAUUGAGAUUUGGGAACUGCCAUCAGGGGAGCUCAAACACGUUCUCCAAGGACAUAGACUAUCCAUUGAUUCUCUCUCAUUCUCCAAAUUCGGUCUCCUGGUGUCGACGUCCAGCGAUAAAACCGUCAGGAUUUGGGAUACCUCAAUAUCAACUCGCGACAAGCUUGAGGACGACCGGUGUGGCAGCCUUCUAUUGCUGUCGCCUAACAACAAGCUCCUUGCAGCGGCUCAUGGAUUUGGAACGGUCUGGAUCUUGGACGCCGUAGACGGCAGUCUGAAGGAAACACUCCCCAAUCUCGAUGUUCAAGGUGCGGCGUUCUCACCCGACUCGACACUCUUUGCUGUCAUAACCUCAGAUGGAUAUCUCUACAUCUACGAUACCAGGACAUGGUCCUAUGAGAAAGUCGAAGCUACCGAUCUCUCGAGGAUCCCCGCGGAUUGCACCCUUGUCUUCUCCCGUGACUCCCGUCUCCUGGCUACUGCCGGUACGGGCCUCGAAUCGAGAAUAUGGGAUGUCAGAACCGGGGUUCUGAAGCACGAUACGCAACUCCAAGCCCACGCUGCCACUUUCUCAUCCGAUGGACAGCUCCUCGCCCUAACGGAUGAGGAGAACCUGCACUUGUUAAACAUGGCCGACUCCGAGCCCCUCAAUACCCGAAAGACAACAAAAUGCAUGGGCGACAAACGGGCAACGGCCCUUGCGUUGUCCCAGGGCGCAAGAUUCCUGGCGCUGUCAGUGGAAGGGCCAGCAUUUGGGUCAACAGAUUCUCACAUCUUUAUCUGGGAUAUACCCGGCGAGCGUGCGGUGCUCGGAUUCCGUGCUCUUGGUAUCGUCGAUGCCAUGGCCUUCGACACUGACAAUGCCUACCUGCAGACUAACGUGGGCCGCUUCACGUUAGACUUGAAUCUAAACCUGGAUGUGGAUGUGGAUGUGGAUGAGGACAUGCCCCCGCGCGCUAUUUCAACUUCCGCCCCUUGCAACGGGCCCCUGGUUCGGUACAUAGGAUACGCCUUCAGCGCGGACUUGAAUUGGAUUGAGUGGGAGGGCGAGAAAGUGGUCUGGAUCCCGCCGGAGUAUAGACUCACCCGUAAAAAGAUUUUCACCGUUGGGCAGGAUGAGCAAUCUGUUAUUUUUGCGUUUCAAGGACAGGUGGAGGGUGUUUUGGUGCUCAGGCUUGCUGCUUCUGGGGUGGGGACUGGUGGUGGCUUGUUAUGA